AUGCAGUCCCCCACGAGUGGCCCAGAAUUGCUGGCCGAUGAAUACCCAAGUCCACUCCGAGUCGCCAUCGUCGGUGCCGGUAUAGGUGGUCUGGCUGCCGCUAUAGGCUUACGCCGCAGCGGGCACAUUGUUGACCUCUAUGAACAGUCUUGUUUUAGUACCGAAAUCGGCGCGGCUGUGCAUCUAAUGCCUAAUGGUCUUAGCAUCCUCCGGCGUUGGGGGCUUGACACGGCGGAUUUUGACGCCAAUCCCAUGAGCCGCGCCGUCGAGCAUGACCAGUACGGCCGAAUUGAAAAGGAUAUCGACCUCUCCAGAGCAAAUCUGAGGUGGACAGAUCCAUGGCUUCUCGCGCAACGGGCCAAGUUUCACAAGGCUCUGAAGACGAAGGCGGUCGCGGCUGGCGCAACGCUCCAUACAUCUGCGAGAGUCGACGGUGCCGACCCUGUAAAUGGAGCUAUCACCUUGGCAGACGGCCAGGCUGUAGCGGCCGAUGUGAUUCUCGGGGCAGACGGGGUAUAUUCUGUCAUGAGAGGCCUCAUCACAGAUGCGAAGCCAUUCAGCUCCGGGAAGUCGGCCUUUCGUUUCAUGAUACCCAGGAAGCUUGCGCUAGCUGAUCCCACGACUCGCCCCUUGGCUGAAGUUUACGAUAGCCUGCUUGCCUGGGCGGGCAGGACGCGCAGGAUCAUCAUGUAUUCCUGUAGCAACAACGAGAUGCUGAACUUUGUGUGCAUGCAUCCUGAUGAAGAGUCACAAGUAAAUAAAACCGGUGGAUGGAAUUCGCGGGUGACAACCGAGCAUAUCUUGAAGGUUUACGACGAUUUUCACCCCGCAGUGAAGAGUCUGCUCGCCAAAUCCGACGAUUCUAGGAUUUUAAAAGGAGUAUGGCAGUUACUGGACAUGGAGCAGAUACCUUGGACGAAAGGCAGAAUGGCCCUGCUCGGUGAUGCUGCCCACCCCUUUACCCCGCACCAGGGACAAGGCGCCGUGCAAGCAAUAGAAGAUGCUGCCAGCUUGUCUGUUGUCCUUCCGCUUGGGACACACCCGGAAGCAGUGCCUGAACGGCUACGGCUGUACGAGGAGAUCCGUAGUAGAAGGGCGCAUAGUAUCCAAGGAUACUCCCGCGAGGCAGGAAGAGACUUUGGGGAUGACGAGAAACCCGAGGUGAAUAACACAGACGAGCUGUUUUCCCAUGAUGAGCUGGACUACUCAGCGCGCAUGUUUAGGAAGUGGAAACACGACAAAAGUCCGGCUGACUUCCGGUUGUUGCCGGUCGGUAUUGGAUCUUUCUCGGGCCUGCGGCGGGACACAAGCCGCAAAGACGCGUCAGCUUCCCGUUUUAAGAGAGCUGUGGUCAAGUUCAAGACCUCUAAGCCAUUUCUGGAACAACUCUUCCCUAGCGAGAAAUUCAAGUUCAGGCGUGCAGAUACCCUUUGUACCGCCAGUCUGGUCGUCACGUCCUUGGACAACAUGUCGUGGCUAGGAGGCGAAGGCUACGUGACACUGGCGCUCCAAGUCCACGGGGUACAGUAUAGAAAGCAGGAUGGCGGCGUGGUCAAUGGGUCCUUCAUGCCGAUACACCUCGUGUCGCGCAGCGAAGCUGUCACGUCCGGCCGUGAGGAGCUCGGUCUGCCGAGUGUGCCCUGCGACCUGGAUAUGUACCAAUUUGACGACAGUUGCCGUAUCACUGCAUCAUGGGGCGGUGCCAAAUUUGCCGAUAUAUCGCUGAGCAGUCUCAAGGCCGGCAACGCCGCCAUCGAGAGAGGUCCCAUUGGUACCGUGGUAGACUACGGGAUCAUCGUAUACAGGUAUGUCCCUGCAGUCGGGCGACCCGGCGUGGCGGAUGGCGAAUACGCAUGUGUCAUCCCUCAUGCAGGAGAAUCCAAAGCGGAGGCCGUUGAAUUGGUUGCGAGUUCCAGCAGCGCGAAGUUGGAUUUCAAGCCUCUGGACUGGAACCAACUGCCCACCAUGAGCCAUAUCGCAUCCGCUUUGUCUCGGAUGCCGGUAUUCGACGUCGUUAGCGCGAAAAUCAGCGAGGGCACAAAUGUAUCCGAAUAUCUCUCAUGUAGGCGGAUCGACUAA